UAUUAACCAAAUUUACAAAAUUCACAUAAAUAUAUCGUUACUAUAGUAACUAAGAUGCAAAUAAUAAUCUAAAUAUUAUUGACAAGGCUCAUUCAUUUUCGGUAUAAGAGCAGCCUCACCAUCUAUUUAAGUUUGGUCGUCAUGAAUAUGGACAAUAACGCCUGGGUUUUUGACUCUUUAGUUGGUUUUCUACAUGGACCCGUGUGGAAUGUUCCUUUACAAACAUUUAUUGAAGAAAAAUCUUUGCCUUUCGAACCUUCGGAUGAUGGAGAAGUUGUUGACAGGCCAGAUUAUAAGAAAAUACACGAUGAAUAUAGGAACUUGGUGGACGUGAUGCUUGGAUCGUUUAUGGAUGACAUCGGCAUCUCGGCAGAUCAAUUUGAAGCGGCAUGUCGCCUCUCCGCGAGUGAUUUAGCGGGGCUUCCCACGUACUUUCACAAACGUCUAUUUGAGCAGAUAUGGGCCGCUAACGACUACGAAAUGUUCGUUAAAAUGAUGACACAUAAAAAUGUGGAAUUACAAUUGCAGGCUUUGGAUUUAAUUGAAAAACGAUACGGCACUAUGCCAAGUUUAUUCUCGUGUGACGGUGAAGAGCUGGAUUCCUCACAAAGUGACGAAAGCGUCGAAUGGCCGGAUAACGAUGACGUCAUGAUUGAAAUUAAGAAACUGAAACUUGACGACUCGGAUACCGACGAGGUUACAGUCCCACCAGAAGAGGUUAAGGCUGAAAAGCAAACUCUUCUGACGAAACUGCAUAGUUUUGAGAAAAGAGAUGAGAUCAAAGUGGUAGAAACCCCCAAAGAAAAACCAAAAGUUAAGAUUCCAGUGGUCGUUGUACCGAAAAAGCCAGAGGUAUCGGAAGAAGAAAUAAAGGCACGACAAGAGUAUUUAAAACAACAGCGGGACAAGCUGUUGGCUUUAAAGAAGCAAGUUCGUGAAAAACAACUUGGCGCUGAAACUGAAGCGCUGUCUGGCGGUGGCGAAGGCACAGCAAAGUUCCAAAGGCCUAAAUCAGCACGAAUGGCCCAAGCAGCUCUAUCUGGCUCAGCACCAGCUCCGUCUCCAGACGCAAUGCUGUUACGAAGGGCCCUCGCUACUAAACUUAAGACCGAAGUGGUGGAAAGCAGCCAUUAAUAUUUUAGCCUCUUUGAAUUUAAUGUAUUUAUUUUUGGUAUUAAAAGCCUGUGUUAGGCCGUUGACCUUUGACGAAGGGUGACACUUGCAGAAAGCACUUGCGUUAAUCAAUUGUAAGAAGGACAAAAUCCUCUUUUGAUUUUACAUAAUGCUUAUAUUUUUAUGUACUUCUUACUCACAGGUUCCGCUUCAACUAUAAAGAAUAAGGGGUCUUUGAAGUGGUUUGUUUUUGUAUUUGAUAUAAAAUAUGUUAGAAAUAGGUGUUUCAGAUUUCUCAAACUAUUCUUAAGAAAAACAUUACAUGGGCAGCCCAAAUUUUACCACUCCGAAAGUCAGGCUAGGCUCUUUGUAACAAGCAGGUCCAAAAAUGUAUUUAUUUUUCUUUCUAAUUCUAAUAACCGUUUUCCAUAGAAGUUAUGGCUGAUGUUUUUGUUUAUUAUGAGCUUGUUUGAAGAACUUGUCGCAAUUGCUUAUCAAUAGAUGUAUUGUUCUUGUUAGUGACAAAAUGUUUCACUAAGAUUAGAUCGUCGAAAUAAAUAACACAAGAUGUAUCGUAUUUCUUAUAUUUAUAUUGCUUACGUAACUAGUGACAUAAAAUUAGCAUUAUUAUAAGCUUAUUUAUUUUACACAACUCGCCAAUAGUUAAAUCUAUUAUAAAUUUAAUUCUGUGUAUAAAUUAGUUUACGAUGGUCAACCACCUAGACAGAUAAAAAAUAGUUAUUGUUACAGUCUACUUUUAUCUAGAAAUUUAAUCAACGGAAGUCAUUUCAAGGAAUAUAAAAAAUCAAAUAUAAUUGACAGUCGGAUGAUGCCGCUCGAUAAACACUUUACCAAUAACCGUGCGUUACUCGUAAGGUGAUAUGGAAACCAGGCAUUAUUCACAGGACAAAUAAAGUACACAAAAUAUUUACAAAUUUCUGACAAUUCAUUCCACGCUCGUAAAAUUUUGUCUCGCCGUCGCUGUGCAUAAGUUAAAAAAUGAUUUAUAGGAUUGCGUCGAUGUAGUUUGAAUUACAACAUUUUGAGAUCAAAUUUAUAAAAACGGUUAAAACUGAUAUGUUUUGGACUGUUAAAAGAAUAAAAUAACGGCUAGGUAACUUUAAAAAAGCCUGUUUCAUGCAUAAUAAUACAAUUAAGGUUAAAUAACAGUCGGGGUCUCCUACGCCUAAACUAAGUCUUAUUGUGUUAGAGACCGCAAGCGUCAUUUUCGAAAUGUCGGAAGGACUAAGAAAAUUACAAUUACGUUUUUUGUAAUUGUAUUUUAUUAACGAUAGAGUACAAAUAAUUAAAUCUAUAUU